AAAUCAGAAAAUGUGAGAAGAUUUUUAGGUUUAGGUUAUGUAUUUAGGUUAUGUAGCAUUUUUUCUCCCUAGAUUGAAUCAACACAACAACUUAGAUGGAAAUUAUUUUUGUAGGAAUGAUUUAUCGACCCCAUACAUGUGGCUUUAAACAUGUUUCUUAAGCCACUUAGCAGCUUAUUAUUAGUUAAAGCUGGUGGCCGCACAGCAGGAGUCAGGCCUACCUCCCUCACAAAGGUGAGCUUACUUCGCCGGUUGUGCAGGAGCCUCGGACAGGUGUAGCUGAGACGGAUUCCUGUCUUUUAUAAAUGGACUGCGGUUUCCACAAGUGUCCCACAAAUUAAAUAGCCAAUUUAGUUAUUAUCACGGAUUUCCGAUGUUUUUAUAAGUCUACUCACAGUGCGGGCUAAUAAAAAAUAGCAUUAAUUUUGAACGAAAUUGAAACCAUUAAACAAUAACAGCCUAUUUGAAAAGCUAAAAGCUUUGGCUUUUAGUCAGGUAAAGGAAUCUGCAGAAACAUUUUGUGUCGUCAAUUAGUGACUACCAGGUGCGGUUAAUUUUCGCUUCACCGAAAGCGCGUCAGUAGGCUAGCCUGUACGAUUUUUUCCUACCUACGAUUAAUGUUUAGGUUUAUAUUACCUCGGGUUACUGUUAGUUUAAAACGUGAUACAUCUGGGCCAACAGUUAUGAACACAGCGCACCUUUCCUUGUGUGCUGUUUUUGCGCUGUUGUCUCUGCCGGCCUCCGCAGGAGCGCCUGGCUCCUCUUGGGCCUCCGGGUUUGAGUCCCUAAAAAACACAACACGACUGACGACAAGGCUCUCCAGGGCCCCUGACACCGGGACUCUGCCGCCACCCUAUCUGCGACUGCCUGUGUUUGUACAUUCACGGAUGCCGAUCGUAAAGAAAGAUUAUUUCUCUCCGAGAAGCGGCAUCGGGCAGGAGCCGCUGCCUCACACCGUGAGGGAGGCCCUGCUGCCGGCGUUUCCCAAGGCCGCUCCGCGCAGCCCCUCUGGUGUGAGCCUGUACGUGAAAGCCAAAUGCAGCAUCAACAAGAUGCAUGUCGAGGUGCAGAAAAGCGUGUUAGGUGCCGGCGGAUUACCUUCUCAACUCAAACUAGGGACUUGCCAAGCCAGCAGAGACACCCAGGACUCCCUUUAUUUUGAAUAUGACCUCGGCCUGUGUGGAAGCAAGCGCACGAUCAACUUCAACAUAGUGAGUUUUUCCAACAUCCUGCGUUACAACCCACCGAGCCUCCCUGGACCAAUCAGGCGAGCUGCGCCCUUCAGCUUGCUUGUUGCCUGUCACUACAACAGAUUCCAGUACUCGUACAAAAUUGGCUACACGCCCAAGAUGAGAAUGCGCACGAUCUUCAAACCAAUGAGGAGCAAAGUUAAAUUCAUUCUCAGCCCACGAAAUGCUCAGUGGGAGAGGCUUUCCCCAUCGGAUCACUAUAACAUUGGGAAGCCCAUGUAUUUUGAGCUGGAGGCUCCAUCCCUCUCCACUGAUGGAAGAUUAUACGUUCACUCCUGCCACGCCACCCUCAAGAAGUCGCACACCUCAACACCUCAGUUUUCAGUUGUGGAAAACUUUGGGUGUAUGGCUGAAAGUAAAGCCAGUCACUCCAGAUUCAUCCCACACACAAAAAAUGUUGUGAGGUUCAGUGUCGACGCUUUCCUGUUCAAGGGCAUGACCGGCCAGCAACUGUACAUGCACUGCACCGCAUCUGUGGGGCCGUCUGACCCGACUCAUACAGCCAAGGCCUGUAACUAUGACCAAAAAACAAGAAGAUGGGUUGAGCUGUAUGGAUCAGACUCGGUGUGCGCCUGCUGUGACUCCAGCUGUAGCUCUGCUGCCUCCGCUGGUAUGAAAACGCGGCUUUCUCCAGUGACCAAAAUGAUCAGCAGCAAAGCGUGGACGAUAGAGGAUAAAGCCAAACCCACUGCAAGCCUAAAGAGGAAGACGACCACAGCAACGAAGAAGACGACCACGACAACCAAGAAGACGGCCACGACAACCAAGAAGACGGCCACGACAACCAAGAAGAUCACCACGACAACCAAGAAGAUCACCACAUCAACCAAGAAGAUCACCACAGCGAUGCCUAAAACAAGGACGACCUCACAGCCAGAGGAGAGAAGGAGGACUCUGGCGGAGAAGGAGAUGAAGAGGCCGUUUGGAGGAAGAGGAGGUGUGAAGCGGGUGGGGGCAGCAGGUGAGGAAAGGCAGGUGAAGGGCUUCGCUGUUGUGAAGGAGGAGCAGGUCACCAAACCUCGCCUAGUGUUUGAAGAAGUCUUUGGGUUGGACAAAUAAAGCUAAAAUUUGUGUUAAUUUAAUAUUAAUCCAUGCUUGGGUUUUGGUACACCUCUCCUAACAAGCUGAAAGCAAUAAACUAUAGUAUUUAAAAAAAAAAAA